AGAACGCUCAGUCCCAGUGCCAGACUGCCACUGAUGCUAUUUAAAAGAACACAGAGGUUCUAAACUGUUCUAACUGUUAGAGAGAAACGAGUAACGUAGCUACAAAAAGGAAAGUAGCAGAUCAAGGAGCUGAAUCAUCCAGAAUGAGCAUUUGUACCCCACUCUUCAGCCAAGAAGGCUCCCAGAGGGGCCUUUAAGCAGUCAUUUAAAACAAGAGAGUCCCUACCCACCAGCUUGCCUGGAAGACACAGCACAAAAGGAAAGAGGAAGGAGGAGGCAAGAAAAGCAAAUUCAGAACCACUGUGACUAAAUGGACUCAAAUGAGAAUAUUGUGAAUGAGAGACAGCCACUGAGGGUGACAUACCACAUCAGCCGAAAAGUGUACAAUGAAGAAGAAUUCCAACAAGAUCAUGACCAAAAGAUUUAUGCCACAUCCACCAGGGAAGUUGAUACCCCUCCAACAAGGCGGAAAAUCCAGUGCAGAUUCUCGUGGGUACUCUUCCGGAAGUUCAUUCUCAAUGUGUUUCCCUUUCUAAACUGGCUUUGUUCAUAUCGUGUCACUGAAUGGAUUUUAGGAGACAUACACGCUGGCAUAAAUGUAGGGAUGGUGCAGAUUUUUCAAGGGCUAUCAGGAAUAGUGAUAACCGGACUACCGCUACCAGUUAUCAAUAGUUUUUAUUCUGCAUUUUGCUGCUCUCUAGCAUAUGUCAUAUUUGGAACUUCACGUCAUAUGUCCAUUGGUUCUUUCAGCAUUUUGAAUGCAAUGGUGGCAAAUUUUCAGAACACCCUUAAUCUUAACUUAAGAAUACCAUUUAACGGAACUGUGGCCAACUUCUCAGAUGCAGCGUUUAUGGUCAGUUAUAUGGAAGUAUUAACAUACACUGCAUCUACGACAUUUUUGGUUGGGAUUAUACAGCUGUUCUUGUGCUGCAUUGGCUUGGGAUUUGUCACAACAUAUCUGUCAGAAAGUCUCAUCAAUGCUUACCUCACUGCAGCAGCGCUACAUGUUAUUAUCUCCCAGUUCUCCUUCAUUUUUGGGAUUGUAAUUGACUUCCAUUCAGGACCCUUGGCAUUUUUUUACAACUUGGUGUAUUAUUGCAUGGGCCUCCCAAAAGCUAAUUCCACCAGUAUACUGCUCUUCUUGCUAUCUGUACUAAUGCUGAGAGUCAGCAAAUGCAUUAAGAUAACUUACAAACAUAGUCCCGUUGAGUUUCCUAUGGAGCUUCUUUUGAUUAUUGUGUUUACCAUACUUUCCACCCACACCCAUAUGUACGCUGAAUCCAGUAUGGGAGUUUUUUCAAUGGCCCCCCAGAGAUUUCUGCAUCCUACAUUACCUGACUUUUCAAACCUGAAAAAGAUUUUAUUGCACGCUUCAUCCCUGGCCAUAGUGAGCUAUUUUCUUCUCAUCUUUGUGGCAAAGAAGUAUGGAAAUAUCCACAACUAUCACAUCAGACACACUCAGGACUUGAUGGCAAUUGGGCUAUGCAAUGUCACCAGUUCAUUUUUUAAAAGUUUUGCUGUCAGUUGUGCUCUUUCUACAACUGUUAUUCAGGAGAAGACAGGUGGAAAAACUCAGCUUGCAGCUCUCAUUGGAGUUUCCUUAAUGUUGGCAGUUGUGUUAAAGCUGGGAACCUACUUCCAGUACCUUCCUAAUGCUGUUGUGGCUGCUAUUGUACUGGUCAACAUGUUCCCAUUUCUUGAAAAAUUUAUGGAUGUCCCUUUCUUGUGGAGGCAAGAUAAAUAUGAUUUUGGCAUUUGGAUUGUGACCUUUCUGUCUGUAAUCUGUCUUGGUCUGGAUAUUGGCUUGGGAAUUUCUAUGGGAUUUGCCUUCUUCAUAAUAAGUGUGCGGUCACACAGAAUGAAGAUGAUGACACUGGGUCAGAUUCCAAACACCAAUAUUUAUCGCAGUUUUUCUGACUAUGCUGAGGCUAUAGAGAUUCAGGGGGUAAAAAUGUUCCAGUGCUGUGCCUCCAUUUCAACUGCAAAUAUGAAACAUUUCAAAUCCUACAUUUUACAUAAGAUGGACCUGAAGGCUGUGCCACUUGAUGAAAAUGAAAUGAGAGCUUUGAUCUCAGUCAGUAUGUCUAGCGUUAGACAGAAAAAGGAUUUAAAUUGUACCUGUGUUUGUGAGCCACCUGAACCAUUACCAAGGGUACCUUACACAGAGAAGCUUCUAAGGCGGGUUCGUACAGCUAAUGAGAUAUCAUCUGCUUCUUCUUUGGCAUUAAUACGCUGGUCAAGAAUUGAGAGCAGAUACCCUUCUGAGAUUCAUUACAUAGAAAGGGAAACAGGACAGGAGUAUGUAAAGAGGAAAGAAGAUCUCAACAGGUUAUGGUUUUGCUCAAACCCCCCUGUCACGAGAUCCACAACGCAUUUGCACCCACUUGAAUCAGAGACAUCCACUUACAUGAUCCACACCAUUAUUUUAGACUUCAGUAUGGUACACUUUGUAGAUCUACAAGCUUCCUAUUUGUUACGAGAGCUGUGUCACGCAUUUCAGAAUAUUGGCAUCACACUCCUGAUAGCUGCCUGUCAUCCCACUGUAAUAAGGACCUUUGAAAAGCAUGACUUUUUUGACCAGUGUGUUACUAAAGCACGGUUCUUUCCAACCUUACACGACGCAGUACUCUAUGCAGUGGAGCCAGAACUCUUGGAAGAGACUGUGCCAGUGGAACCUAGUAUUAUCCUGCCUGAGGAAGUGUUGGCUGAAGUAACUCUAAAUGAGGAAAAGGAUAGGAGUCAACACUCAGGGAGGAGUCCUCAUUCAGAUAGGAGGAGCAUGCAGUCCAAUGGGAACAGAGAAACUACCUCAAUCAAAAGUGCACGGAGCGAAACUUACAUUGAUGAGCCCAUAUCAGAUCUUUUCCGCACUUAUUCUCUCCAGAGUGAUAUAGAGGCACUCCCUCAGCGUGAAACAUCUCCCAUUGAGGAAGAUGAAGAUGAUCAAGACUGGGAUGGAAAAUGGAAAUAUAACAGUGAUGUCUAAAUUAUGAGAUCUAUUAGAAUUAGCUACAUUAAAAAAUGGUGCAUAUGUGACAUGA